AUGCUAUUGGUAUCAGUAACCAUACUACAGCUAAAAAACAUUGAGAGCAAGGUCCCCUCUUCAGCUGAAUCCCAGGUAAUUUGUAUAUUGCCUAUCAUAUUUUCAAUCCUUGCUAAAUUAAAUGCUUUUUGCCUUAUAUUACAGGUUUUUGCCAAGAUUGAAGGCUUUUUAAGUGAAGAACUGGUGGAAAAAACAAGAGCUGUGUAUGCAUUUGAUGUAACUGGAGAUGAGAGUGGCAAGUGGUACUUGGACCUGAAGAAUGGCUCUGGGGCCUGUGGCCGUGGAGAUCCCCCAGUUGCAGCUGAUGCUACAUUCUCCAUGAAUAGCAGUAAUUUCUUCAAGAUGUUUUCAGGUUCUCUGAAACCAACCACUGCCUUUAUGACGGGGAAAAUGAAGUUGUCUGGUGACAUGGGGAAGGCAAUGAAGUUGGAGAAGUUGAUGGGCAAACUAAAGUCAAAGCUUUAAUUAUGAGCAUUAGUAUCUUUUGUAAAACUAGUGUACAAGAUUAGUUUCACUAUUUUUAUAGGAAAAAUUGUUUGAGAAAGGAACUAAUUAUGAAACAUACCACAAACUUACCUCUUGUCAGAUAGUUGUUUACAGAAGCAUGACAUUAUGCAUUUUACUUUGUGUUGGCAUCUUGUAACAUACAUGGCUUUAAUCAUAAAACUACACUAUACUCAUGUCAUUGACAUUUAAGGACUUUCAUGCCAUAACCAAGGGCAUUGCUAAAUCAAGCAUAAUUCUUGUUACAGUUUAUUAUUAUUAUCAUUGUUAUUAAUUAUACAUAUUUACUUCACUUCUAUUGGAAACUUGGAUUUAUAAAUUGGGUUUCAAAUUUCUGGGAAUAUGUGGACCUUUUUUGUAAUGGUUUUGGCCCUCUUUAAAGUACAAAACAAUUUUGUGCUACUAGGUAUCCAGAAGUAACAAAGUAUUUUAAAAUGUAAUGAAUUUUUAUUUUUGCAACCUUCAUGAUGUUUGGAAAAUGGACUUCAUAUUGAUUUUUGAGUUUAUUUUAUGCUUGAAAUAAUUGAAACUUUAAAGAUCAGAAUCAUUGUUUUCCAAAUACCUGAAUAUAUGCUUAAUAAAAUGUGUCUCUGUGGAGAUGUUAACAAUGCAAUUUUACUAUGUAAUUACUUUAUACUGUAUAUAUGAAAUAAACUGUAUUGGAUAUAA